AUGGUUGACUACCUGAGCAACUUCUACGAGGUUGAUUUCCUUCCUGAUACCCUGGCCAGCACUUGCAUCAGCAAGAUCAAGUAUCACUUCGCGAGGCAUAGCAUCCCUGAUGUAGUCGUCUCCGACAAUGGUUCCCAGUUCUCAUGCCGGGAAUUUAGCGCCUUCACCGUGAAGUGGGAAUUCUCGAAUGAGCGCAGCAGCCCAGGCAACAGCAGAUCGAAUGGUGCUGCUGAGGCCGUUGUCAAGGACGCAAAGAAGUUCAUGAAUUAUUGCAACGAAGAGAAGUCUGACCCAUACCUUGGGUUAUUGAAUGUCCGCAACACACCCACUGAAAGUCUCAGGACCAGUCCCGUGCAACAAUUUUGGUCGCCGAACCAGAACUGUGUUGCCAACCCUGAAUGA